GAUAGUCACGUGGGCCUUGCCAAGUGCUUAUAUUUCUCUUUGCGACCGGGCUGCGCCUCGUCAUCCGACCGCCAUUGCCAGUCCCUUUUGGGCUCCGCUCGCUCGUCUGCCACUCUUUCGAUCAUCUUCUUCCUCUUCACUCGUUGUUCCACUCGCUCCCACGCGCUCUGUACCACCAACCGGUGCAGUACUACCGUUUACCAUCGUACCGCAUCAAUCUCAAAGACACCUUCUGUGAAACAGCCGCCUGCAAACCGAGAACCCCGUUAUAUUCGCGCCGCCCUCUCCGCCGAAACCCGGUGCACAGGAAAACCUUUCUUCCACAUCCACCAUGCUCAGUACAAUGCGGCGAUCAUGGCUUGUGUUCGCGCUCUUCGCGCUUAUCGCCGUCACGCACGCUCUUAACCUCGACAGCCUUCACGUCGACGGCAUCGAGGAGUAUCUACAUCAUGGGAAGAGGCAACGGCCAACUGGCACUGGAAACGAGAGUGUACCCCCGGAGACCUCAACUCCUCCCCCGCCUCCGUCCUCGACUCCUACUCCGCCUCCUUCCAGCGACGAGCCCUCGACUACUCAGGACCCGCCGCCAUCGUCCACACCCGCUCCUCCUCCUCCCACGUCCCCGACGCCAAACACAACGCCUACUACCACUCCUCCCUCCUCGAAAACAAGGGUCACGACUCCCAUCGUCAGGAGCACGCCCCUUGUAUCAACUGAUGUCCAGGAGUACAUAACCAUUUACACCACCGUCAGCGAUGGCCGCACCUUCCAAACGAGCGCGACCACAAGAUCGACCAACAUAAUCACCACAGGCCAAGCCUUGUCCACGGAAAUGCCCCUUCCACAGAACGGUGACGGCAACAGCGGCGGCGGUGGCCUCAGCGAGAGCAACAAGAAGAUCAUCGGCGGUGUUGUUGGUGGCGUCGGCGGCGCAAUUCUCCUCGGUGGCAUCGCCAUCGUCCUCUUGCGCGUCUAUGGCCGCAAGAAUCGCGUCAGCGAAGACGACGAUGAUCUCGCGGCUGGCACCGGCGCCGCCCUGGGUGACAAGCCGCACUCGUCAAGCACGGGGAAUUCGCCGUUCCAGUCAAACCUUGAGCAAUAUCACAAUCCCGGAGGACGCCCUAAUGCGGCAGCAAACUUCUAAACUCGCCUUGAUUGGAUCUGUAUAUACGAAG